AUGGUGCCAGCCAUAAACUACAGGAGGGGACCCAACCCCGGCCGCAGCCUCUCACAUGAUGGGAGUGUGACUGCAGCAGCCCUGAGAAGCAGCAUGAUGCUGGGCAGGGAGAAGCUGUUCCAGUUUUUCAGGCCCUAUGGGGAGGUAGGAAGCAGGGAGAGCAGCCGGCUGCUACCCCAGACGUCCCGGCUGGUGGAGCUGCCCCAAUUCUCCGAUGACGAUGAUGACAUCUUGCUGCUGGGGGAUGCAGAUGAUCCUGUGGCCAAGCACGACCCAGAGGAGUGGUGCCCCACCCUCUGCAAGCCAAGUGCCUUCAGCCACUGUGUGCGGCACUUAGCCUUCCUCUGGAACCUCCUCUUCCUCCUGCUGGGCCUGCUGACCCUGGCCAUAGGGAUCUGGGGGCUGCUGGCCAAGGGCUGGCUGCAGGGCGAGCGCUUGGCCCCACUGGGCUCUGACCCCAUGCUGCUCUUCGUGCUGGCGGGGCUGGGGGCCAGCACCGUGUCUCUGGCUGGUUGCCUGGGUGCCCUCCGCUCCAGCGCCUGCCUGCUGCGCUUCUUCGUGGGGGCCGUGUUGGCCUUUGUGGGGCUGGAGGCGCUGGGAGGACUGCUGCUGCUGGUGGCACGGCAGCGGCUGCGGGACGCACUGCAGGAUGCCCUGCUGCUCUGCCUGCUGCGCUACCAGGAGGAGCCCGACCUGCGCUUCCUGGUGGACGAGGUGCAGCGCAGCCUGCGGUGCUGCGGGCUCAGCUCCUACCGUGACUGGGAGAGCAACCCGUAUUUCAACUGCAGUGCACCCGGCGUGCAGGCGUGCAGCGUCCCGGCCUCUUGCUGCCUGGAUCCACGGCAGAACGGCUCCAUCACUAACGACCAAUGUGCCUUUGGGGUGCUGCAGCUGGGGGACAUGGCGGCUGCUGGCGUGGUGCACCUGGGGGGCUGUGUGGUUCAGCUGGGUGCCUGGCUGCGUGCGCAGGCUGGAGGCAUUGCCACCGGUGCGGCUGUGCUGGUGCUGCUGGAGGCCACCGGGCUGCUCCUGGCACUGAAAGUGCUGGCAGGCAUUGCGCCUGGUGGGGCACGGGGCUGA